UUUUUUUUUGUUUUAGACCAUGGCACGCUAUAAAGCUAGAGGGAUUCGAGGUAAUUGGUCAGAAGCAUCAAUGAAACAAGCUUUAACUGCAGUCAAAAGCGGUAAGAUGAAAGUAAAUACGGCUGCAAAGCAUUAUAAUGUGCCAAGACGUACUCUAAGGCGUUAUUUACAAGAGAAAAAGGAGACAAAAUCUACUCUGGGUCGGAAACCACUUCUUGACCCUGAACAAGAGAAGAUUGUAGCAUCCCGUGUUAUUCGCCUGUGCAAUGUGGGAUACCCAUUGACACAACGUGUACUACGUAGAUGCGUAAAGACAUUCUGUGAUCGAAAUAACAUUUCCGCGUCAGGUGGAGACUUGAUGGUAGGACGAGAUUGGCUGAGAGGAUUUUUAAAACGUCAUAGGAAUAUCAGCAGACGAAAGGCCCAAAACCUAAAUCCCGCAAGGGCGCAAAAGUUAAAUAAAGCAGUCGUUUCUGAUUAUUUUGCUAAAUUAAAAAAAGUCUUGGAAGAUAAUGACAUCAUGAAUAAACCAGAACGCAUUUUCAAUAUUGACGAAAAGGGUUGCCAACUUAAUUUCACCAGAAGUUUUGGCUGAACGUGGAUCCAAGAGAGUACAUUUAGUAGCACCAGAACAUGGCGAGAAUGUCACAAUAGUUUCAUGUGGCAAUGCCUUGGGCCAUGCGAUUCCGCCCAUGAUUCUCUUCAAAGGCAAACGCAUGAAGCCAGAAUGGAUGGAUUCCUUGCCAACCAGUUCAAUAGCCCAAAUGACACCCAAAGGGAGCAUGAACUCUGAAACUUUUGUAAACUGGAUCAUUUUUCGAAAUUUAAAUUGCCGGGACCUUGUUUACUUAUCUUCGAUGGAGCCAAAUGCCAUUUGGACUAUUCGAUUGUUGAAGCAGCAGAAAAAUUUGACAUCAAGCUUUUCUGCCUUCCUAGUAACACCACUCAUGAAUUACAGCCGAUGGACAAAUCGGUAUUUCGAUCCUUUGAGUAUUACUGGGACGAGGAAGUUUUAAAGUACUGGUCAGUACACGAAGACAGGAAAAUAACAAAACAACGAUUUGGGAUAUUAUUUUCUAAAGCGUGGGACAAAUCUGCGACACCUGCUAAUAUCAAAUCUGGAUUUGAAGCGACCGGAAUUUUCCCAUUUAAUCCAGAAAGGAUACCAGAAGAGGCUCCCAGCAUACCUACCUUUGAUUCCUCAAUACCUGGACCUUCUCAAAAUCAAGAAAAUAAUGACCCCAAUGAUAGCGACGCUACUAAUGCUAGUGAAAAUCUUUUGAUUCCUCCUCAAGGAAAUGAAGAUCCUAUCGACAGCGACGCUACUAAUGCUAGUGAAAAUCUGUUAAUUCCUCCUCAAGGAAAUGAAGAUCCUAUUGACAGUGAUGCUACUAAUGCUAGCGAAAAUCUCGUCAUUCCUGCUCAAGUAAAUGAAGAUCCCAAUGACAGCGCCGCUAUUGAUGUCAGUGGAAAUCAGGUUAUUCCUCUUCAUUCUCUUCCAAAUGACGAAAAACAUAAUUCAACUCCACCUACACAGUCUCUUGCUCGAACUGAUUCCUCUGUUGAAAACCCGGUGCCUAUACUGCAUUCAGAUCAAAAAGAUUCCCAGACAAGUGAACACCUAUUGUCAAAUACUGCAAAUCGUUCUGAUAAUAAUCCACAGAGCCCAACUCAAGUAGAUAGAUCGACUUUUAUAGAACCUCAGCCAAAUAUAUAUGACGAUAUCGAUAGUAGCGACGAGUAUCCUUUAUCCAAACUAAAGCAGUACAAGAAUAAUAGAGACUCGAUAACUGAAUCAAAAGUCUGCUCCACAACACUUAAUGAGUCAUAUUCAUCUUUUUGUGAAAUUUUAAAAACCCCGGAGAAAACUUCAAGUCCAAAAACUACACCUAGAGCAUAUGCUAUUAAUAGUCUGGCACAGGAGCUAACAAAAUCAAUGUUUACGGAGAAAAUUAAUAAGCCAGGACCAUCCAACGCUAGCAAACAAAAAAUUAAAAAUAAGCCAGGGUCAUCUACAGUUUCUUUCCAAAAAAGGAAACAAUAUUCUGCUAAAAUGAAGAAGACUGAAGCAGUCACAUCUAAGGUUUCUAAACAGGAAGGUAAAGGACGUUCUAAAAAAUCUAAAAACUCUUGGUAUUGUUACGUUUGCGAUGAGCAUAAAAUAGCAGACAUGAGACUAUGCUUUCGAUGUCAAACGUACGUCCAUGAGGACUGUGUUGGCUUAACAAAAGAAGACACAGAUGAAUUUGUUUGCACUCGGUGCAGUCAGGACUAAUUAUACUUCAUUAGGUUUACCUAUUUUUUUUUCUAGUUUGUCAUAUCAUUGUGAUUUACUUAUGAAUGAUCUCAAAAGUUACGUUUUUUUUGAUAAUUUUGUUGUUGAUUAUAAGUAUACGUAUCAUUUUAAGUUUAAAAUUAAGAAAAACUUGUUGAAUCUCAUUGUUGAUUUUUAUAUCUUUCAAUUUAUAUUUCUUGUUAAGAUAGUUCUUUAUUUGUACUGAAUGUCGCCCAAAGAAUAUCUUUUAAAUAAAUAUUCUA